AUGCCAGUAAAUCUUCGAAACAGUAGGACGGCAAUUUCAGACGAAGGUCUACGAUCGGUUACCGACAGUCGUCGUCCAUCUGGUGUAAUAUCCAAUGUGGCAGCUUCUCCCGACAAACAUGCUGCAGACAUUGUGUCCAGACACUUGGCAGGACCGUCUGACGGCAAUGGAUCCGAAACCUUCAAUCCUCUACAGCUUCAGGGUGGAGACAUCGCGCGCGAGCUGUAUCGCUGGCAAGAUCAAAAUCAAGACGUUCUAUCAGAUAAUCAAUCAGGACGUCUAGAAGCACCCAGACACAGACGCUCCAUCAGUUUUUCGGGAAGUCUGGCAUCUCACGGAUCUGUUCCAAGUACCGAGAUGUCAGCGGAUCAGAUUAGGGCACCCCAGGGCUUCAGGCGAAGUUUCCUGGUCCAAAAAUGCCUUCAAGAAAAUGGCGAUGUGCCCAACUUCGUAGCUCGCAAUUUCUACGAGUUUUUGACGCUUUAUGGCCAUUUUGCCGGGCAGGAUUUGAGCGAAGAUGAAGAUGAAGACACAGAUCAGGAAUGGAAUCAAACUGAUGAUGAGGAAACAGCUCUUUUGGGCGAAAGUUCCACGAAGCGUCGUGCCGUGCUGCGUGCUGCCCGGCGCGAGGCGAACAAGUCCUCGUGUUUCAAAGCCGUUCUGCUGCUGCUGAAAUCGUUUGUGGGCACUGGUGUGCUGUUUCUGCCUCGUGCCUUUCACAAUGGAGGAUGGGCCUUUUCCAGCGUUAGUUUGAUUAUGUGUGGUAUCUUAUCAUACUACUGUUUCAUUCUUUUGAUCAACACAAAAAACAAGCAGAAAGUCAGCGGCUACGGAGACCUUGGCCGCUCCGCCUAUGGUCCAUCAAUGGAAGUGGCAAUCCUGGGGUCUAUCGUGUUGUCACAAAUUGGUUUCGUGGCCGCCUACGCCGUUUUCACCGCUUCCAAUUUGCAAGCUUUUUUUGCAAAUGUGUUUCAUUGGGAGUAUUCCAUGUCAUUUUGGCUUUUAGCCCAGUUGGCCCUGUAUGUUCCUUUGUCAUUGACAAGAAAUAUUGCGAGGUUGAGCGGUACAGCCUUGCUAGCAGAUUUUUUCAUUUUGUUGGGAAUGAUGUACGUGUAUUAUUAUUCUGGACAACUUGUGGCCAAAAACGGAGUCGCAUCGGACACUAUGUUGGUGUUCAACAAAGAUAAUUGGACCCUGUUUAUUGGCACUGCUAUUUUCACUUAUGAAGGUAUCGGUCUUUUGAUCCCAAUACAGGAGUCGAUGAAACAGCCAGAAAAAUUCAAUAAAUGUUUGCUAGGCGUUAUGGUAUUCGUGGUCGUCGCAUUUGUCGCAUGUGGUUUGGAGUGCUACUCUGCGUUUGGAGACAAGGUAGAGACAGUUAUUUUACUAAACUUCCCCCGUGAUUCAGCUAUGACGGCAGCGGUUCAAUUUCUGUAUGCUAUGGCGAUUAUGUUAUCAACACCUCUCCAGCUAUUCCCUACGAUAAGAAUUUUGGAGACCACUAUCUUUUCGAAAAACGCAUCUGGAAAGUACAAUCCACGCGUGAAAUGGCUCAAGAACUACUUUCGGGUGAUUAUUGUCUUGGGAAACAUGUUAAUCGCAUGGGCAGGCGCCAACAAUUUGGAUAAAUUUGUAUCUUUGGUUGGAAGCUUCGCGUGUAUUCCUCUGAUUUACAUUUACCCACCUAUGCUACAUUACAAGACAUUUUCCAAGGGUGGCGCAUCUAAAAUGUCACUUCUUUUUGAUGGUGCGAUUUCGGUAUUUGGUGUUGUAGUAAUGAUCUACACGACGUUCCAGGCCCUCUUUUGA